UGACAUGCCCACACUCAUGACUCACCUUAAUUUCAUCCUGCUCACUCACGCGCUCUCAUCUGCCUCCUUCUUUCAUGACAAUAUGACAUCAUCAUCAUAACAUAAUCUCAAUUUUCUUUCUCAAAUUUAUUCUUCCUCUCUCAUCAAACCCUAACCCUAAUUCUCUAUCCCUCGCAACUCAUGUUUCUGUAAUUUCGAAACCCUAAUUCGCCUUCAUUUUUCUCCAUCGAUGGAUUCUACGAGUAGUCUGUACGAAACAGCAUCGCAACCUGAUACUGGGAACGAUGACGCAUACACUUUUCUCGAAUUCAACACUCAAGGUGGAGUUGGUGAAGACGACGUUGAUGAUUUCUCGUAUCCUCAAUUUAACGAAUUUUCUCAACCAAUUCGAUCUUCACCGUCUGCUUCUUCGUCUUCUUCUGUUGUUUGGCCUACUCCAUCCGAUUCCAUUGCUGUUGGGGGUCCCACUGAUGUCAAGGAUUCUUCUCCACAAAAACAACUUAACGAAGGUUCUUCUUCUUCGACGAUGAACACUGGUAUUCGCGGUGGUGGUGGCGGACCCCACGGGGUGGCAUCGGCUGUUGAUGCUUUGGCGGCUGGAAUGAGUGGGUUGAAUUUUGAGGAGACGGCCGGUGAUGAAGAUGGUUUUGUUGAUCAGUUCGGGAAUGGUGUUGGGGAUUUCACUGAGCAUGCUUGCAAGUAUUGUGGUGUUCAGAAUCCUGCUUGUGUUGUUAGGUGUAAUGUUCCGUCGUGUCGGAAGUGGUUUUGUAAUUCGAGAGGCAAUACUUCCGGCUCGCAUAUUGUCAAUCAUCUUGUUCGAGCAAAGCACAAAGAAGUUUGUUUGCAUAAAGAUAGUCCGUUGGGAGAAACAAUUCUUGAGUGUUACAACUGCGGUUGCCGUAAUGUUUUCCUACUUGGCUUUAUUUCUGCAAAGUCAGAGAGUGUAGUUGUUCUUCUUUGUAGGGAGCCUUGUUUGAGUGUCAAUGCUUUGAAAGAUAUGAACUGGGAUCUGAGUCAAUGGUGUCCUCUUAUUGAUGAUCGUUGUUUCCUCCCCUGGCUUGUCAAGGUUCCAUCCGAACAAGAGCAAUUGAGGGCCAGGCAGAUUAGUGCUCAACAAAUAAAUAAGGUAGAAGAACUAUGGAAAACAAAUCCUGAUGCAUCUUUGGAGGAUCUUGAGAAGCCUGGUGUAGAUGAUGAGCCUCAAUCAGUUGUUCUGAAAUAUGAUGAUGCUUACCAGUAUCAAAAUGUAUUUGCUCCACUCAUUAAGCUUGAAGCUGAUUACGAUAAAAUGAUGAAAGAAUCACAAAGUAAGGAUAAUCUCACAGUGCGGUGGGAUAUUGGACUAAAUAAGAAGCGCAUUGCAUAUUUUGUUUUCCCAAAGGAGGAUAAUGAGCUGCGUCUUGUACCUGGUGAUGAGUUGCGGCUACGUUAUUCAGGAGAUGCUGCUCAUCCUGCAUGGCAAUCAGUUGGUCAUGUGAUCAAGUUGACUGCACAGGAGGAGGUUGCCCUUGAGUUACGUGCAAGUCAGGGAGUUCCUGUUGACAUAAAUCAUGGAUUUAGCGUUGAUUUUGUCUGGAAGAGUACAAGCUUUGAUCGAAUGCAAAAUGCUAUGAAAACAUUUGCAGUGGAUGAGACUAGUGUUAGUGGGUAUAUAUAUCACCACUUGCUUGGCCAUGAAGUUGAGGUGCAGGUUGUUCGUAAUACUUUGCCUCGUCGAUUUGGUGCUCCAGGCCUUCCAGAACUAAAUGCAUCACAGGUUUUUGCUGUUAAGAGUGUCCUUCAAAAGCCUGUAAGUUUGAUUCAAGGACCCCCUGGCACAGGAAAGACUGUAACUUCUGCUGCUAUCGUUUAUCACAUGGCCAAACAAGGUCAAGGACAGGUGUUAGUCUGUGCACCGAGUAAUGUGGCUGUGGAUCAAUUGGCUGAAAAGAUAAGUGCUACUGGUCUCAAGGUUGUUAGGCUCUGUGCAAAGUCGAGAGAGGCUGUUAGUUCUCCUGUUGAGCAUCUGACACUUCAUUAUCAGGUUCGACACCUUGACACAUCUGAGAAAAGCGAGCUUCAUAAAUUACAGCAACUAAAGGAUGAACAAGGUGAAUUGUCGAGCAGUGAUGAGAAGAAGUACAAAGCACUGAAACGAGCAACAGAGAGGGAGAUAGCUCAGAGUGCCGAUGUCAUAUGUUGCACUUGUGUUGGAGCUGGUGAUCCCCGCCUUGCGAAUUUUAGAUUUCGUCAGGUGCUUAUUGAUGAAUCUACUCAAGCGACAGAACCAGAGUGUCUGAUACCACUGGUACUUGGAGCAAAGCAGGUUGUUCUUGUGGGUGACCACUGUCAACUUGGUCCUGUGAUUAUGUGUAAGAAAGCUGCUCGAGCUGGGCUGGCUCAGUCUCUUUUUGAACGCCUUGUGAUGCUUGCUGUGAAACCAAUCAGGCUGCAGGUUCAAUAUCGUAUGCAUCCAGCGCUCUCAGAGUUUCCUUCCAAUAGCUUCUAUGAGGGUACACUCCAGAAUGGUGUUACAAUGAAUGAAAGACAGUCAUCAGGAAUUGAUUUUCCAUGGCCAGUACCUAACCGCCCAAUGUUCUUCUAUGUCCAAAUGGGGCAAGAAGAGAUUAGUGCCAGUGGAACAUCCUACCUCAACCGCACAGAGGCUGCAAAUGUUGAAAAAAUUGUGACUUCUUUCUUGAGGAGUGGUGUUGUUCCUAGUCAGAUUGGGGUUAUUACACCUUAUGAAGGACAGAGGGCUUACAUAGUGAACUAUAUGUCAAGGAAUGGUGCUCUCAGGCAGCAACUUUACAAGGAAAUUGAGGUGGCUAGUGUUGAUUCAUUUCAGGGAAGAGAAAAGGACUACAUUAUUUUAUCUUGUGUUAGGAGUAAUGAACACCAGGGCAUUGGUUUUCUCAACGAUCCUCGUAGGCUUAAUGUUGCACUGACACGUGCCCGUUACGGUAUUGUCAUCUUGGGUAAUCCAAAAGUUCUGAGCAAACAGCCACUUUGGAAUAGCUUAUUGACUCAUUAUAAGGAGCAUGAGUGCUUAGUGGAAGGGCCUCUGAGUAACUUGAAGCAAAGUAUGGUUCAAUUUCAGAAACCCAAAAAGAUUUACAAUGAUCGUAGACUUUUCUAUGGUGCAGCAGCCGGUAUUGUGCCUAAUGAUAAUUUUGCUCCAGUUUUGACUACUGGUCCAAAUGCUGAUAGGCGAGGUAGUCGGGCUAGAGGUUACAUGCCACCUGGAGUGCCUAACGGUACUCACAAACCAGCAUCGCAUCCUGCUGGUUUCCCAAUGACUCGAGUUCCUCUUGCUCCUUAUCAUGGUGCACCCUUAUCUCAGCCAUAUGCCAUCCCAUCUCGAGGUGCGGUACAUGGUCCUGUUGGAGCGGUUCCUCAAGUACCUCAGCCUGGCAGCCGCGGAUUUGGUGCUGGCCGUGGCAGUGCUGCUCCUAUUGGCAGUCAUCUACCACACCAGCAAGGUUCACAGCAAUCUGUUGGAAGUCUUGGGCCUAGUUUCAACUUUCCAUUGGAAAGUUCCAAUGGCCAACCAUCUGUGGGCGGUCCAUUAUCACAACCUGGUUAUGUUUCCAAUCAGUUGCCUGUUCAAGGGCCUAGCCAAUCUUUCCGUGAUGGUUUUUCAAUGGGAGGCAUGUCACAGGACUUCUUGGGUGAUGAUUUUAAGAGUCAAGGAUCACAUGUUCCAUACAAUAUUGCUGAAUUUUCAACACAGGCUUCACAAAGCGGAUAUUCUAUUGAUUAUGCUACACAAGGAGUACAGUCUGCUUUCCCAGGAAGCUUCCUGAACCAGAACUCUCAAGCUGGAUAUUCUCGUUUUGGUAGCGGGAGUGAUUUUAUGUCUCAGGACUAUAUGGCCCAUGGCUCCCAAGGUCUUUUCACCCAAGUUGGUAUUAAUGAUCCAUCUCAAGAUGAUGAUUCACUGGCCCAUUUUGGUGCGGGAAAUGCAAAUCCCCUUCGAUCACAGGGCUUGAUGAAUCCUCUGUAUUCCCAACCAUCCACUCACUACAACUCUCAAUCUCAGCCGUUAAAUUUGCAGAAUCUUCAGCCUCAGCAACAGCCUGUUCAGCAAGGCCUUAGCUCACAGAACUCAAAAGCUCAUUUCAGUGGUUGAGGGUGUCAGAAUGGUUUGGCCAAAGAUGGGAUAGCCUUGAAAAUCAGCGACUUGGUUUGUCCACCUCCAGUGCCACCACAAUAUAAUUAACCCAGGAACAACAGUUUCUGCCUGGGUGAGGUUAGUUGUGAUUAUUGCCACUGCCUCAAUACUAAGUGUUAUUGAAGGAUUGCCGGAAGUCUGAAGGAAUUUCGGCUUUUUGGCUAUGGUAAAACACUAAUAUGGCACAGGUAGCACAAAAUAAGCCUGAAAACAGAAGGAUGAUCCCUGAUUAUCGGUCCGAAGGUAUUCUCCUGAGAAAAAUCCAGGAAAAUCAUUUUUGUGGAGAGAUCAGUACAUGACUAUGGUCUGGUUGGAGAGGGUUCCGUGGUGAAUUUAAGCAUGUAGAGGACGCACAGGGUAAACCCCAUCGUAAUCAAUACAGAUACAGCAACUAAGUACAGGAUUUUGUACAGCAGUGCAGGGAAAGAAUACCAUUUUACCAGGCCCUUCCAGCUUUUCCUGACAUGUAAUUAUACUCUACAAUCAAUACAGUUAUAUAAUGAGUAUAGAUGACGGCGAUUGUUUUGGUGUGUUUUGGGUGCAUUAUCACCUCGUCGAAUACUGUAGUUUAGCUGAGAUAUUUGCUUUUGGCUAUUAAUUCAGUUUGCUAUAACAUAUUGUCUACAGAAUUUGCCACAAAAAAUGUUAAAAUUGUCUAGUUUUAUAUUUUAUUGAAUUUAUUGAAAUUAUUACAUA